GCACAUCUUUAACUUGACAAAAACCUGCUCAAAGCCAUGUUAGUCAAUUCAUAUCAACCUCAACAACAGACUUUGCCUGAACCUCUUCCUUUUCAUCAAACACUAUCUUACACAGAUAGGCCAUACUACAUCAACCAUCAACAUUUUCUACCAUCUCCAACGAAUUCUGUUAGUCCUGCCCGUAGUCCACCAACUCCUGUAAACCAUUCAAUGGAUCAAUUUUCGCCUCACUCUCAUUCGUCUUCUCUAUCAAUGAUACACUCUCCUGUCGUACGCUCUCCUGUCAAUUGCUCUACAAACCUUCGAUUUUAUAUCGGACUUGAAGCACCAACAGCUGCAGCACAAAAAUUAGAAGAGUCUCCAUUGACCUACCUCAACAAAGGCCAAUACUAUUCAGUCACACUCAAGGAUACAGAAACAAGUCAUGCCGAUCAGAUUGUAAAAAGCACAAUAAUCAUCAUGUUCAACGACGAGUCACAUCGAAAAGUGGCUCAGAGCUACUGGAAGUUCUGGUUAAGUCAACAAAAAGAUGCUCAGUCUGCAAGAGCUAUUGACAUUGGCAAUGAUAGUAGUUAUAACACCAGCCGUUCUUCGGGAGUUCAUAAUGCAGAGUACUCCUCAUUUGAUAGAAUAGCCUUUGAGUGGAACACAAAAAAAGGGGCCGUGAUCAACAUUCGAUUCAACUGUCUUUCUACGGAUUUUUCACGUAUCAAAGGCGUCAAAGGUAUCCCACUCCGUCUUCAGAUGGGUACCCAAGUCGUUGGAGAACAGCACAUUGAAAAGGCCUACUGUAGAAUUAAGCUAUUCCGUGACAAGGGCGCAGAACGCAAGAAUAAAGAUGAUGCAAAGCACAUCGAGCGCAAAAAUGGCGAACCUCACCCACUCUGGUUAACCUAUUCUCAAACUCAACCUCAAUCAAUCUUUCGUGAAGUACUUGAGACACCCUUAGUUGGCUCCACAGAUAGCCAUUUGUCUCAUACACGUGUCAGCUCAACCAAUGGCAGUCUGGGCAGUCCCAAAAGCAACGGCAGUGUCAGAAGCAUUUCUAACCACAUCACACUCCCUCCUCCAACGACAACAGAUAUUCAACUCUCGCCUCAUAGUCUAAAACGCGCCUAUCCCAGCAACUAUCCUACACACCAAACCCUUGUUCCAGAUGUCAGAUCCCCUGAUGGUUCCACAAACUCCCAUUCUGCUUGGUUCCACAGUCAACCACAGGCUACCGACAUUGACCCAACCUAUGUUGUCCAGCGAAGACGCCGCAUUGCAAAACUUAGUUUCUUUGCACGAUUUGAUGCCAACGAAGUCCACCGGGCUAUUUAUCUUGAACAUCUCACCAUUCAAGAGCUUAUUGGCAAAAUAUCAGCCAAAAUGAACAUCAACCAGCAAGUAACCCGAAUAGUCCGCCACGUCUCAAAGCAACAACAAUCAGACGAGUUGGUAGUAUGUGUCGAUGAUUCUGUAGUCGAAGACAUCAAAGAAGAACAGGCGAUGGAUGUCGAUGUCAGCCAAAAUGAAGACGGAACCCUUACUCUCAUACUGCGUUAUUGAUUUAUCUGAUCAUAAAACAAAAAACAAAAACAAAAAAAAAGACGACCUGUUCUUCUUCUCUUUUUUUUCUUUGUAUUUUCUUUGUCUUUCUUCCUUUGAGCCAUUGUAACUACUACAGACUGCUUGCUCUUAAAGGGUUCCCAAACAAAGAGAGAUAGAGAAAGAGAGAAAGAAAGAGCAUCUUUCCCAUUCGUACAUAGCCAGAUCUUUCAUUGUUUUUUUUUAUUCUUUCUGUUUAUGAUUUUCUUUAUUCUUCAUUUCUCUCUCUCUCUUACUCUUACUCUUGCUGCUGCCCUUUAACGCUUUCCAAACAAAAACCAACAAAAAAAAAUCGAAUAAAAACAAAGGUCGUUAAGCUGUGCUUCGAAAU